AAAAGUGAAAUCAUGUUCAUAUUCAAACAUGGUAAAUCUGCAAUUUUCCUCUUUCUUCUUCCGGUGGCUUGCUUCAAUUCCGGCGCCGGCGCCGGCGCCGCCACCUAUGUGUACCAUGUCUGUACAAACACGUCUACAUACCUACCAAACAGCGCCUUCCAAUCCAGUCUCAAACUCCUCUUCUCCAUCCUCUCCUCAAAUAGCACAGUAGAAAACGGUUUCCACAACGCAACUACAGGUCACUCCGCCGAUGACAAAGUUUCCGGCCUUUUUCUCUGCCGUGGAGAUCUCUCUCCCCAAGUCUGCCAGUCCUGUAUCACCGCCGCUACCACAGAGCUUCCGGAGCUCUAUUGUCCGAAUCAGAAGGAAGCUGUGAUUUGGUUUGAAGAAUGUAUGGUUCUAUACUCUGACCUAAAUAGAUUCCAUGUCUUUGAUCCGAGUUAUCGACCAGUCGUAACAAAUAGUCAGAACGUGACCGAUCCGGAUUUUCUUCCUGCUUCAUUGGUGCCGGCUUGGUUGCAAAAUUUGGCUAUGCGCGCCGCCAGUGGAAGGGAGCAUCCGGGGAAGAACUUCGCUGUUUCUCAAUUUGACUAUUCCGAUCGACAGACACUGUAUGGAUUGGCGCAGUGUUCACUGGACAUGGGAAGAGACGAUUGCGAUACGUGCCUUAAGGAAUCGAUUUCGAGUCUUCAAGUUUGUUGCGAGAGGAGAGCCGGCGUGAUGGCUGUUAUGCCUGGUUGUAAUAUAAGAUACGAGACUUUCCUUUUUUACAACACGACCGCCACAUCGGCAUCGCCUCUUCCCACUCCGAUAGUCCCAGGGAAGUCAAAAAUUUCUUCAGCUGUGCUUGCUGUCAUUAUUAUACCUGUAGGAGGUUUUGUUUGCCUGUUCAUAGUUGGGUUUUGUGUCUUGAGAAAGAGAGCAAAAAGGAGAAGGUAUCAUCAGGACGUGGAAGCAGAGGAAGAAGCUGAUCAUCAUGAAUUCACGAAGGCAGAGUUGAAGCAGUAUGAUUUUGCCACUGUGCAAACAGUCACGAACAACUUCUCGAUUGAUAACAAGCUGGGGAAAGGCGGAUUUGGUGUGGUCUACAAGGGUAUUUUAGCAAGUGGACAAGAGAUAGCUGUUAAGAGGUUGUCAUCAAGAUCAGGACAAGGAGCAGGAGAGUUCAAGAAUGAGGUGAUGUUAGUGGGUAAGCUUCAACACAGAAAUUUAGUCAGGCUUUUAGGUUUCUGUUUAGAUGCAGAAGAAAAGAUACUCAUCUACGAGUAUGUCCCUAACAGAAGCCUUGAUUACUAUCUCUUCGAUCCCAUCCAACGAGAGAGGUUGAAUUGGACUAUGCGUUACAAAAUCAUUGAAGGAAUCGCUCGUGGCCUUCUUUAUCUUCACGAAGAUUCUCAACUUAGGGUCAUACAUCGCGAUCUCAAAGCUGGUAAUGUGCUACUAGAUGAGUCCAUGAAUGCUAAAAUAUCAGAUUUUGGCAUGGCGAAGAUAUGUGUUGCAGAUCAAAGUCAAGGAAGCACAAAUCGGAUAGUUGGAACAUAUGGUUACAUGUCACCAGAAUAUGCGAUGCAUGGUCAGUUCUCGGUAAAGUCGGAUGCAUUUAGUUUUGGGGUAUUGAUCUUAGAGAUCAUAAGUGGUAAGAAGAUCAGUUCGAGCUUUGAGCUCCCAGAUUCCUUUGGCUUCCUUAGCUAUGCUUGGAAACUAUGGAGUAACGGGACACCUUUAGAGUUUGUUGACACGUCUCUAGGAGAAUCAUACUCGAGAAAGGAGAUUAUUCAAUGCAUGCAUAUCGGGUUGUUAUGCGUUCAGGAAGAUCCUGCGGUUAGGCUUUCCAUGAAUGCAGUUGUUUACAUGCUCAAUAAUAGUGAUUCAGUUAGUCCACCGCCUCCUCGACAACCUGUGUCAGUUUUCCGUUACAAUUCCGAGAUUGAGCCUGAUGUUGGUAGUAAAUCACUUUCAGUUAAUGAAAUAUCUAUUUCUGAAGUUUGUCCAAGAUAAGUUGGUAAUUAGAUUUAGAAUUUGUGUACUAGUAUACAAUAAUAUAAAGUAUAUUUAGUUUUGUAAAGUCUCUUGAUAUAUACAUAAUACAAAAACAUAGAGUUUGCUCUGA